AUCCAUGUUAGAGAUGAAGUAGAUUACUUUGAAUCCCUGCAGAGAUACAUCUCCAGACGGUCUCUGCACCACAAAAAAAGGAACAAUCAUGAUAAAACUAUUGGUGCUCAUGGUGUGCCUGCUGGCCACUAUUUUGGCUGCUCCUGUCCCGGGGAGUGAAAGCAAUGAGGAAAAAGUUGCGGCACAUGCUAAUGAGGCCCUGAGGUGGAUGGAGAUAUACAGGCUGUACCAGCAGCAGGGAUUAGUUGGAAACCCAUUCUUGCCUGCUGCUGCUGGUCCAGCUGUGGCAGCAGUGGUGGAUGCUGCACCAGCCCAGCCAGCUCAUGUCCCCCCUCUAGCUCCCGUUGCUGAUGGAGAUGCAUCAGAGGAGACAGAGGAUGGCAACCCUGCCCCUGCUGCCCCCCUAAACUCUGAUGAGGUAGAGGAGGCCGAGGAGGUGGAGGCAGCAGAGGCUGAACCAGCUGUGACUGAAGCAGCACCAGCGGAGCCUGGAGUAGACCCUGCAGCAGUCGAGCCAGCUGUGGUUGACAUCCCUGUAGAUGCUGCACCAGUUGACGCUGCUGCUGAUGUGGAUGUGCCUCCUGUUGAUGUGGUUCCUGUUGACGUUGCCCCUGAGGUGGCUGUUGAUGCUGGUGCUGGCCCACUGGCAGCUGAGACUGACAUGACUGGAGUGGUAGCGGAUCCCGCUGCACUGUAGUUAUCUUCCUCUUGUUUCCAGCCUAAGUACUCCUCUGUUAGCAGUUAGAAUAAUAGCUAGAAACAUCAAUGGGUGAUGUAGUUGCAGCAAAAACAAAUGAAAAAGCUGUGGCAUAUUGAAUAGAGUGAAGAAAAUAAUCUGUUAUGCUCUUUUUUCAGCAAAACAAUUAAAGUAUGUUCAGAAUUCAGUUAACAACU